AUAUAACAGCGAAAAUAAUCAAGGUAACAUAUAAUUUUUUAUACGCAGCUAGGUUAAGUUUAGUUCACGGUGAAUAUUCGUCUAAGGCUGCCGUGGCAGUCACAGCGCCAAGGAUUAUAAUUGUGUAGUCCAACACCUAUUUACAUUUUAUUUUUACUAAUUCCAUUGCAAUGCAUAAAAUAAAUAAUAUUGUGUGAACAAUGUCUUACGAUUUGUUUUAUACUUAAAGCGGAAGAACUUAAUAUAUUAAACAGUACUUUAUGUUAGUAAUGGAGUGGAAAUGGCUAAAAUGUGUUGUGCUAAUAAUCACAGUCAAGUGCCAUGGAUGUACUCAAUUUGAAGGAAAUAAUUUGAGUUCACAUAAUAGGAUUAAUAAUUUAUUUAACUAUAUACAAAAAGUUAAACCAAAAGAAAUGCCAGCUUUAACAGUAAGUGAGGAGUUUAAUGCCAGAUCAAUCAAUGAAGAUAUAAAUCUCAAUAUCACGCAACUUUUCCAAAAAUACGGAUAUGGAGUUGAAGAGCACCAGGUAACUACUAGUGAUGGGUAUAUCCUGGAUAUAUUCCGCGUACCAGGCAAUGGCCCCGUUGUAUUCAUAAUGCAUGGCCUGAUAUGCAGCUCGGAUGACUUCGUUUCCACUGGGCCGGAGCACGGGCUACCGUAUCUAUUAGCAGACCUUGGUUACGACGUUUGGUUGGGCAACGCCCGAGGCAACAAACACGGCAGAAAACAUGUUACCAUGUCACCAAACAGCGCCGAAUUUUGGGAGUUCAGCUUUGACGAAAUCGGACGAUACGACCUGACUGCGAUGAUCGACUACGUAUUAGAAGAGACAAACCAACGAAAACUAGUUUACAUAGGACAUUCUCAAGGCACCACCAGCUUUUUUGUAAUGACUUCAGAAUAUCCCGAAUACAAUGACAAAAUAUCAGUCAUGAUAGCUUUAUCCGCAGUAGCGUAUCUAAGUCAUCAAAGGAAUGUUCUAUUAACCUCUUUGUCGACCAUAUACAAGCCUCUAUAUGUUAUCGGUCAGAAUAUCGGAUUGUACGAAAUUUUGGCAGAUAAUGAGACCACGAAAGCCUUCACUUCAACUUUUUGUGGAACACCGACACUAGCAUAUAUAAUUUGCAAUAAUCUUUUGUUCCUAGUUUUCGGACCAGAUUACGCGCAAAUUAACGCCACUGUACUGCCCGUGAUCUAUGGGCACUUUCCGGGAGGAGCGGCUCUGAAGCAGUUUGCGCAUUAUGGACAAGAGAUUAUCACUGGAAAGUUUAACCAGUUUGACAGAGGUUUUGUAGGAAAUAUUAAUAAAUAUGGUACGCCUGUUCCACCUGAUUAUUAUUUGGAAAAAGUGACAAGUAAAGUGGUUAUUUUGUAUUCAGACAACGAUUAUCUUUCAACUGCGCAAGAUCGCUCGAAACUCACGGCCAGGCUACCCAAUGUCAUAGGAAACUACAGGAUACCAUUUGCCAAAUUUUCGCACUCGGAUUUCAUUUUUGCAAAAGAUGUAAGAAAACUAGUGUACUACAAGGUGGUAGAGAUAUUGAAUAAUAAUACGUAAUAUGGUAUUUAUAGAUACGGAACUUUUCAGUCUAUCAAUCUAUCUAUUGUUACGUUGUUUAAGGUUGUCAUAUACAAUAUGGUUUGCAAAU